AUGAUGGAACCGCCAAGGUCCCAUGUACCAAGAAUUAGCUUGCAGCCUCCAGAAGUCGAUUUUAUCGACAACCAUCUAGACUCAAGGCACCCUGCCUUUGCGACUCCGCCAUCACGAUACAGUCCGAGUCAUGGAGCUUAUAUAAUAUGCGAUCCCCUUGAUCAAUCCCAGUCACUGACUAGGCCUGGGUCAGGUUGGGAUCUCAUAUCGCAGUCAAACUCAUCAACACCGCGCAAUGUGCAGAUUACCUCAAGACCGCUUGCGGCAGAGCCCAUGGAAGCACUCAAGUUCUGGGAUAACCUCUUUCGUCGCGCUAUGAAUAAAUUGAAAGAGAAUCAUCCAACUGGGCCUGGUUCGAAACAAGAAUUCAGCAUUCGCGACAAGACAGAUUGUACUUCGGUAUUUGAUCAGCUUGAAAAUGCUAAAGAGUACUAUUGCAAGAAGGACAGAAGCUUCAAGGCCAAGUUCACACGAAUAUAUAGAAAGGUUACUGAUAACGCUGCCGAGCCUUUACUCGGCGCGUCCAAGUUUGUUCCCAACAUCGACUAUGUGACUCCAGUAUUGGGAGCCGUUCAGAUUCUUCUUGAAGCAGCCAUCAAGGCAGCAAAAGUUCGACAAGACGCUUUAAAUGCUUUCGAUGACAUCGACAAGGUUUUCAAUCAAGUGGAAGGAUACCUCCAGAUAUACAGCAAUGAUGAGAACCUUGAGAAGGCCUCUGUCGAUUUGAUAGCUACAGUCUUUCACGCCAUCGAGUGCAAAAAGGCAGUAUCUGUCACUUUCAAUAAAGAAGGCUACCAAGAAGCAAUUACGGCGAGUCUCAGUGCAAUCAAAGUUCAGGGUGAAAACCUCAUUUCCCAAGCUGAUAUGUCAGGGAAAUAUGAGAUUAGCAAUGGCUUGCAAACAAUUGUAGAUCAUAUGCCGUCAGCAGAGCAGAUCGAAGACAUGCGUUAUGAUCAGCACGUUUUGAAAACAAUGUUCAUGCGCUUCCUCCAUGAUUAUGAGAUGAACUCAAGAGCGUACGACAGGGAAAGGAUGGUAAUCGAGUAUUCUCGCCCCUGUUCGCCAAUUCCCCCGUAUGAAGCAGUACCUACAGAACAAUAUAUCAGCCCACACCAGCUUCUAGACUGGAUCAGUAUCCCGGACCUGCUAGUCAAAGAUAUUGAAAUCAUCCACAAUACAAGAUACGUCAAAGUACCUGUAGUGGAACGAGCACGUGCCGACCAGCUUGUAAAUACUGCACAGUUGAGAGAUUGGCUCGUGUCUCCUCGCUCAGCACAACUUCUCAUCCACGGAAACUACGAUAUCAGACGUCGAUUAUCAGGAUUAACACUUCUGUGCACUUCUCUAGCCGAUUCCCUCGCAGACAAAUCUCCAAAAUGUCUCUAUCUGGUAUUCUAUUGCGGGCUACAUGCCAACAUUCAUGAUGAACACACUGGGGGUCUUGCCAUCGUUCAAAGCUUCAUUCGCCAACUCCUUUGUCAAUAUGACUUUAGCAAUUGCAUCUUGGUUGGUGAUGUGAGACCUGACCUGCUUUGUUUCGGCGAUAUCGGCGAGCUCUGCUGCUUAUUUGAAAGGCUCAUAUUCCAGCUCCCGAGGAACACGUUGUUGGUUUGUUUGAUCGAUGGUGUUGUAUACUAUGAGCGAGAAGAGUUUAUGAAAAGCAUGGCUGAUGUCCUGAUAACUCUUCUGAGGAUCUCAAAUGAGCAAAGGACUGGAGCAUCUGUCAAGGUUCUUCUCACUAGUCCCACUAAGACUAUGACAAUUCGAAAACCGUUCCCAGAUGAACUUAUUCUCUGUAUGGAGGCGAAAGCUCGGUCAGGGGUAGUGCUCACAGGAAGAGGGAGACUUGAGCGACAGUUAAAUGAGCAGAUGGAUAGUCGUUCCGGAUUCGUCCAUCAAACAGACUCAGUACCGUAUUAG